GGCCGCGAGGUGGCCCCGAUGUGGCGAGCCACCCCGGGCGUGCUCAGCGCGGGCCCCGUGGUGUCUCCGCAGGACGAGCUGGUCGCGCGCCGGGCGCCGCCGGGCAUGGCCGCUGCCGGGAAGAGCGCCCCGCGGACCCCGCCGCCGCGCCUGCUGCUGCCCCUGCUGCUGCCCUUGCUGCUGCUGCCGGCGGCGUCCCGCGCGGGCGCCUCGGAGGAGGAGGAGGAGGUCCCGGCCGAGUGGGUCCUGCUGCACGUGGUGCAGGGGCAGGUGGGCGCGGGCAACUACAGCUACUUGCGGCUCAACCACGAGGGCCGCAUCGUGCUGGCCAUGCGCAGCCUCCGCGGCGACGCCGACCUGUACGUGUCGGACCGCACCCUGCACCCCAGCUUCGACGACUACGAGCUGCAGGCCGUCACCUGCGGCCGCGACGUGGUGGCCGUCCCCGCGCACUUCCAGCGGCCCGUGGGCAUCGGCGUGUACGGGCACCCGUCGCACCGGGACAGCGAGUUCGAGAUGAAGGUGUAUUUCGACCGCACGGUCCAGCGGCACCCGUUCGGGGACCCCGCGUACUCGGACGGCGCGGAGGCGGGGCACACGCACGCCUACGAGCCGGAGGGCGCGUCGCGGGAGGAGGAGUCCCUGCUCUGGACCAUCCUCCUCGGCGUCCUGAAGCUGCUCCUGGAGAUCCUGUUCUGAUCGGGCGCGGGGCCCCCGUCGCGCCGUCUGUGACCGUGGCGGCCGGACACCCCGUCCCGGGUGGGAACAGCCGGAAACUCCCGUCCCGGGUGGGACGGGAAAUAAAGCCAUACAGCGUGUUACCUCAGUGACCCCACACGCAGGAGAAGCGGCAAGCCCGGUACUUGUUUUCUCUUAAAGCCCAGAAUCCCUGUGAGCCGUGUGCACAGUAAAUGCCUCCCCUCCCCUGCACCAGCGUCAGGCGGAGCAGGAAGGCGGCGGGGACUCAGGUUUAUGUAGAAGAAAUCGCAGCAGCAGCCCCGCGCGGAGCAGAGUAAGAGCGCGACAGCGUGGUCACCGUGAGUCUAAAGUUCCGGUGUGUGAGCCAGUCUGCACCCUCGGCAGGAGGGACUGAGGCCCCCAAACCCCCAGGGAGGGCCCGCCUGCCCAGCAGGUGUUCCUGGCUUUUUUUAAAAAAUAUGUUUUUAUUGAUUUCAGAGAGGAAAGAAGAGGGAGAGACAGAAAUAUCAAUGAUGAGAGGAAAUCAUUGAUCGGCUGCCUCCUGCACAUUGGACCGAGCCCGCAACCCAGGCAUGUGCCCCUGACCAGUCUCGAACCUGGGACCCUUCCGUCCGCAGGCCGACGCUCCAUCCACUGAGCCACACCAGCUAGGGCCGGUGUUCCUGGCGGUAAUGCCAUUCUCACCCACUGCUCCCCAGCCCAGCUCUCCGCCUGCCUAUUGUGAGUCUCCCAUUACUAAACCAUGUCGUGGUCCCCGUGGUAGGCCAGAAACAAUAAAGAUUAGGAAAACUGCCUAAAAAUAAUCGCAACUUCCAGGCCAAUGGAGGAAUAAUUAUUUCAAAUGAAAUCACCUAAUACUUCCCUCUGAAUUUCCAAAGAAGCCAUGACACUAAGAGAGAAACCACCUUUUGGAAGACGAACUGUUUCUCUACCUGAAACUGGUUCCCAGGGUACGAGCAGCUUUUAACAGAAAUGAGUCAACUUGCAGAUUCUAAGCACAGAGUUCAUUUCAAAAAUCUUUUAUUGGCAUAAAAAUGAGAACUGGAAAUAAGGUGGCACCAAAUAAUUCACUUAAAUGCAUAUUACAGUGUUGGGGUCGAGAAACUACUUUAUCCCUCUUUGCUGUUUUUCCCCCUUCUGCCCACUUUCCUGGGUGUUGGGGGAGCUCGCUGACAACAGUCACAAAUCCAGCGACCUAGGAGAAAAAUGGUUAGUUAAUAGAGAAUGAAAUGGAAUUUUUUUAGGACUGAACUGUAAACCCAUUGAGCUCUCCUUCCUUGCUAUCACUAAUGCUGCUCCUCUGGGUUUGUGGGAGGAAGGGCACUACUGCGUUCCUUAAUUUAAGGAGAAAAAUGUGAACUCCUUUGAAGAUAAUCAGUGUCAUCAAUGCCAAGUGACAGUCAGGCGGGGGGCGCGGGCAGAGCAGUGCUAUGGACCUUUAGAACAUCCUCACCCUUUCUGAAACCCAGCACUACAGGCUCAGGAAGUUCAGCCAUUGGUACCGUAACAUCCCCUGUUAUGUCUCGCCCAUUUCAGCCCUUUCGCUGCUGCUCACUGGCAGCUGUGUCUUAGCAUCCUUGUCCUGGUGGGCGAGGCAGACACAGCUUUAAACUGACCGAGUGUCGACAGCACGGGGAUCAGCUGCCCUCCGUGCUUGUCUGAAUGACUGCAGGACUUCAGGUAGUUACCUAAGUUGCUUAUUCUUAGUGAUUCCCAGGAAGCGAAGUUCUGGCAUUCUUACAGCGUCAUGUACGUGUCAACUAUGCAAGUGAGGUCUGACACUGCACAAUUACGUGUGAUGUUUCAGUCCAGAUACUGUGAUAUAUCCUUCAAUUUUGUGUUCCUUCUAAAGUUACCUGGGUUGUUACGCUGCCUCAAUUGAUAGAAAUCUGGACCAAUAUGUCCAAAGGCAUAGGAAUCAUUUUAACUGUGUCCAUGACAUAUGAAAAUAAAAUCAAGGCUUUGAAAAAAA